CACUUUGUACAUUGACAACGAUAUCAACAACAUGGAAGACUAAAAAGAUAGGUCUAUAAGAUCUAGAUCUAGAAGCCAGAUCUAAGUUUAUGCAGAAUACUAAAAUCUUAAUCUACUACUUUUUAUUAAAAUAAGACAUGAUAUAAGAUCCGGUACUUAAAUUUAAAAGUUUUAUAAAGACUACAAGAAAGUAGUAAAUGUAUUCUAGAUUCUAGACCCAACUACUAAAGUGACUAAUUGUCACUAAUAAACUAAACUUAUAGAUCCAACUAACUAAGCUCCAGUUUAAAUACAAAUAGAUCUAAUUAUUAAUUAUAUUAGAAUCAGAUAAAGAUCUAUAUCAAAUUCUCAACAUGGAUAUUAAUCCAUUGGCAAAUCCAAAAGGAAGUAAACUAAUCUGUGAAAUUUGCCAGCUUCCAGCUUUUGUUCUGUGCAAAUCCUGCAAAGUUACGUAUUAUUGCACCCAUGAACAUCAAAAAGCAGACUGGGUCAGCAUCCAUGAAGAAAUAUGUGACAAAUUAGCUUUCUUAAGGCAACCAACUCCAUUUUUGCCAUCUAAAGAGGAAAGAGAGAAGAGACAAAAUCAAGUACAAUUAAUGAAGAUUGAGUUGAUAGAAAUGUCUAGAACACUUGCACAAAAACUCCUUUUUGAAGGAAAACAUGAUGAAUCAGUACCAGCAGCCACACAGUCUUUGCGGUAUGCUAUAGAUGUUUACGGUGUUGCAACUAUUGAGCUUGUUCCAUCUUAUCUUAUAUUAGGAGAGGCUAGUGUGGGCUUGAAUAAGCUAGUACAAGCAGAAGAAUAUCUUACAAAAGCACAGUGGACAGUCUUGAAGACACCAGAUUGUCCUAGAUCUAUCAAGUCAAAGCUGUACAGAAAUCUAGGCUUACUGUAUGCCGCCAAAGGAGAUUUUCAGGAGUCUCUCAUUAAUUUUGCUGAUGAUAUUUAUCAUUCAUCAGAAGAGUUUGGAACUGACAGUAUUCGCACUUCUGGUGGUUAUUUUCAUAUGGCUAAUGUUUUUUUCAGACAAGGAAAAAUGAAUAUAGCUGAUUCUCUUUAUAGACAAGUAAUCAAUAUUUGGCAUAAUCAUUUGUCAGAAAUUAUUAAGGCUAAAGUGCCCUCUGAGGAGGAAGCGGCCAAAUCUCGAUCGAGAAUGAUAGGACCUGCAAAAGGAUUAUUUGAAGAGUUGUCCAGUGGAUUAGAUGCUGCUCAAGAUGCAGAAGCCAUACAGAUUCUGACUUCCAUCUAUGACAUCCGAGACCACCAAGUCAAUCGACAAGCCCAGGAUGUAGCCAAGACCUGCCAUGCAUUGGCUAUGCUGUAUUUUGUUCUUGGAGACAUCAAAAAGGCUAAAGAGUUUGGUAGAAAAGCAAUAGUAGAAAGUGACAAAAUCAAGGAUGAUAACUUCUCUAAAUCUCUGGUGGAAUUCAUGAAACUCUGUGAAAGGCAAGGAACUACAAAUUAGAAACUUUGGCACAUUUUUCUGCCAAAAGACCACACAACACAUCCUUUUGUUUGGACUAUUACAUCUGAGUGUGCCAUUGUACAGAAUUAAGUAGCAAUAUUAAUAGAUAACAUUUUAGUACAAAUCUAAAAAGUAUUUUUUUUUAACAAGAUUAAAUGUCAAAGCAACAAAAUCAAACAAAAGAUUGAAAAAAAUAAUAUUUUUAUACAGACAUUGAAUAAUUCCAUUGUAUAAUCAGACUGUGACCAGAAAACAGACUUAGUUCUAUUGCACUAAAAAGUAUUUGGUAAACAUUGCACACUGUGAAAUAAACUAUUUGAAUUCUGUGAUAUGUAAAAUACAAAUUAAAUGUAGGGUUUGCUUUAUAAAUUUUUCAAUGUGUUAAACUGUUAAUGUGCAAAACAAUAUAGAUAUAUUUUAAUGUAUAUCACUAAUUAAUGUACAUUUUUAAAAACAAAAUAUGUUAAAUUUCAUAUGCCAAAAAAAAAAGAUUAUUUUAUAAAUAUCUGUAGAAAAUAAAUAGAAUGGUAUAACGUUGGUGCACAUCUUUGUUGUUUUUUUUUUAGAUUUACGCAUGAUUUAAAAUUUCACUAGGAAGUUGCUGGUCAUUACACAUUUUUUCUCAUACAUUUGACUAACUAGACAAAAAGUUGUAACAGUGGUUGGGCCUCAGGCACAUAGAAAUAAAAAAAACAAGGAGCUUACAUAGUAAUGAUAAAUAUCAAGAGGCACAAAAUAAUACAAUGUGGAAUAUAUCUGGGAUGUACAGGCACAAUGCAGAGAAUGGGUUCAAGGCCGAAGGGCACUGUGAUGUAUUUGUGGUUAAAAAAAUAAUAAUUUAUAAAAUAUGUACUUAAGUUUAAAUGUAUGAAAAGUUGUACUACUAAUGAUGGGCCCAUUGAGAAUAUUAUUGCUUGAAAGCACUAAGUUGUUUGAAUAAAUAUCUAACAUUAACAGAGUCUAGCAUAAAAAGUUGCAAAGUUACUUAAGCUUAUGCAGCGCAGCAUAUCUAAAGAUAAAUUGAUACACUUUUUAUUUAUGAUCAAUAGAAUACUAUUUUAUAAAGAAUGAUAUAUUUAAAAACAUUGGGAUAGACAAAUAAAAUGUGAGAUAUAAUUGAAACUUGUAUGACAGUAUAUUAAAUAUUGACUGAAUUAAAUUUAUAGGAAAUAUUUAUUUUAAUAAUUGUGAGUAUAUCUUUGGUUAUUAUUUUAAUACAAAGUGUGACAAAAGCAUUAAAUUUUCAGACAUUUAAUAAAAAAAUUGUAAAUACUUAAAUAAAUUUGUGUACAUUGCA